CGCAGCGAGCGCACGUGUGCGUAGCGGAGGGAAGGUGUCCACGAGACUACCACGUCAGCGUUAAGAUGGAUAUCUCAAGUGACACCCCUAAACCAAGAACUUCUGCUCGUAAGAGAACACCGGCUGGAACUUUUGUAAGCCAUGAAGAGAAAAUAUUAAACUGGCUGGAAGAGGAAAGUGACGAAGGCUUUAGUGGUAUUGAUGAUGAAGAUGGAGAUCCAAGUUUCGAGCCUGAAAUCCAACGUGAUGAAGAUGACGUAAUUUCACGUGAAGAAGAUUCAGAGUCAAUCUUGGAAGUGCAACAAGAACCUGUUGUGGAGGUUGAACGUCAACAAUCAUCAGACGAGUCACAAGAACACUACACAGGUAAAAACGGUUUUAUUUGGAGUGCACAAGAGCGUCGUGAAAAUGAGGAGAGGAACUUUUUUGUUGAAUAUGGCCAGAGACUUAGUGCUGGAUCAUAUGAAAAACCGAGUAUACAAUGAAAGAUUGCCAAGGGAGCUGCGAAUGACUAUGACUCGAGUUUUAGGCAAGGAUACGCCCCCUUCACCUCCAGUAGCUCGAUCUGUUCCACCGAGUGGCAAAAAAUUAUGUUAUAUUUGUCCAACUAAAACAAAAAGACAAACUAAAUACCGUUGCUGUGA